UGUGGACUCGCCCCGGCGCCACAGGCAACGGGCGGGGCGCCGUGUGCAGCCGCGCGCUGGGAGGCAGUGAGAGUGUGCAGGGCGGCCCGAACCUGGGACUGUGUGUGCAUGCGCGCAUGUGUGCGUGUAUUUGCGCGUGUUUUCCCUUCUUCCCUCGAGGAUGUGAAUGGCAUCGCUGCUGCCUGCUCCCUUAGGAUUCUCGACUUUGUGGAGCUCUGGGCUGUGAGCACAACCCACACAUGUUAUCCCGUUUGCACGGUUCGGUUGUAGCUGGAGAUAAAGACACCACUGCACCGGUGUAGGGCAGACCAACCAAACCUGGAAACACUCACAGGAGAGAGGAAGAAUGAAAGGUCUGAAAAGAUUUUCAUAAGCUUUCUGCUGGGCCUUACAUUUUCCGGAAAGAUUCUGCAUUUUCUUUUACCUUUUCAAGUCAUCUCAGCAUCUGGCUUUUGUAAGCCACUCUCCAGCUAGUUGUGUGUGUGUGUAUGUGUGUGUGUGAGUGUGUGUGUGCGCGCGCGCGCGCUCUCCGAUCUGAUGCAUUUGACUGUCUUUCCUCCAACUGCCCAGGAACAAAUGUGUUAACUCGGUAGUGCCCCUGGAUGCCUGGGUUCCCGAACAGCUUGGAAGACGCCCAGACCCAUUUUCCCGGCUGGAUUCGAAGAGGCUUCCUGACUGUGGACCGCGUGUGGAUCACUUUACCUAGAGGGUUGGAAAGCACCAGUGUUAACCUGCUUCCAGGUACAUCACAAGGUCACCAGAGGGUCUCGCAGCCGUCUUGUUCCCGUGCAUCUAGACCUUUCACUUUUGGCCAGAAGGAUAUUAACGUUUCUGUUCACAUCAUUUGAAGCCAAAAGUUCAGCUCUUGGAGCUGGUUUGCUCUACAAACAAGGUAAAGAGGAUUGCUUUUCAAACUGCUUAACAAAAUCCCGACUCUUCCUCAGCCUUUUCCUGCUUUUCCUGGGUCUUUCCUACCCACUAAAAUGCCAUCAUCUCUUAAAAUACGUGGAUUUGGGUUGGAAAACUUGAAGGAAACGUGAUAAGUGGCUAUGCCUGACCGCCCUCUUUGCUGCCUGUGGUCCGGUGGGCAUCGAAGCCGACAGUGAGAAGCACCAGUCCCCUUCUUGCUUCUCCCUCCCCGUACUGUGCUAGGUGUGUGUGCUUGUGCAAGUGUGAAUGCGAGAGCGCGCGCGCGCCUGGGUGUGAGUGUGUAUUUGAGUGUGUGUGUCUGUGUGUGCGUGCGCGGCCGUCCUGCCUCUGCCCGCUCCCCGGGCACAGAAACGUGGGUUUCAUGGGGAGAUCGCCGUGGAUCCCCCACCCAGUGCGACCUGCGGGCAGCGGCGGCAGUGGCAGGAGCCGCCUCUCCGACUCCCUAGGAUGCGGGUGCUGAGCUAUGGCAAAGGGCAGCGAAGUGACGAGAGAGACCCACGUAGGACUGUGAAAGCCACCUGGAGCCACCUUGCCGGGAUUGUACCUGCGGGCAGAAAGUCCUCCUACGACCGUCUUUUCCUCUAGAGGCACCAGAAUCCCUAUAACCAUUCAGCCAGGUGUUGGGAAGAUAUGUAGUAGCUGAGCAUCUUUACUUCUGACAGCAUCCUACGAAUCAGCUUUGGAGAUGCUUUCACCCUGUCAGCCUUCUGUAGCAGCCAGGCAGAGUGCUGACUCCUUCUCAGCAGUGAGGAACUCUUCAGGCUCCAGAAGGCUCCCACUUGAGGGUCUUGCUUCAUCUGGUAUUCGUCUCACCCCUUCUGAAUGGACAGACCACAGGUCACUUGACUACAGGUUCCUUCUUGUGUCCUACAAAGCCUGCUGUCCUAGGUGAACUUGAGGGAAGCUCUAAAAUCUGAUCUACAAUGGAAAAAUUUCUUUUUUAUCUGUUUUUCAUUGGCAUAGCAGUGAAAGCUCAGAUCUGUCCAAAGCGUUGUGUCUGUCAGAUUUUGUCUCCUAAUCUCGCAACCCUUUGUGCCAAGAAAGGGCUUUUAUUUGUUCCACCAAACAUUGACAGAAGAACUGUGGAAUUGCGGUUGGCAGACAAUUUUGUUACAAAUAUUAAAAGGAAAGAUUUUGCCAAUAUGACCAGCUUGGUGGACCUAACUCUAUCCAGGAAUACAAUAAGUUUUAUUACACCUCAUGCUUUUGCUGACUUACGAAAUUUGAGGGCAUUACAUUUGAAUAGCAACCGAUUGACUAAAAUUACAAAUGAUAUGUUCAGUGGGCUUUCCAAUCUCCAUCAUUUGAUAUUGAACAACAAUCAACUGACUUUAAUUUCUUCUACAGCAUUUGAUGAUGUUUUUGCCCUUGAGGAGCUGGAUCUGUCCUAUAAUAAUUUAGAAACUAUUCCUUGGGAUGCUGUUGAGAAGAUGGUCAGCUUGCACACCCUUAGUUUGGAUCACAAUAUGAUUGAUAACAUUCCUAAAGGGACUUUCUCCCACUUGCACAAGAUGACUCGACUAGAUGUGACAUCAAAUAAACUGCAGAAGCUACCACCUGACCCUCUCUUUCAGCGAGCUCAGGUACUAGCAACCUCAGGAAUCAUAAGCCCGUCUACUUUUGCAUUAAGUUUUGGUGGAAAUCCUUUGCAUUGCAAUUGUGAAUUGUUGUGGUUGAGGCGUCUAUCUAGAGAAGAUGACUUAGAGACCUGUGCUUCUCCAGCACUUUUGACUGGCCGCUACUUUUGGUCAAUUCCUGAAGAGGAGUUUUUGUGUGAACCUCCUCUCAUUACGCGUCAUACACAUGAGAUGAGAGUUCUGGAGGGUCAAAGGGCAACGUUGAGGUGCAAAGCUAGGGGAGAUCCUGAACCUGCAAUUCAUUGGAUUUCUCCUGAAGGGAAGCUUAUUUCAAAUGCAACAAGAUCGCUGGUGUAUGACAAUGGGACACUUGAUAUUCUUAUAACAACUGUAAAGGAUACAGGUGCUUUUACCUGCAUUGCUUCCAAUCCUGCUGGGGAAGCAACACAAACGGUGGAUCUUCAUAUAAUUAAGCUUCCCCACAUAGUAAACAGUACAAACCACAUCCAUGAACCUGAUCCUGGUUCUUCAGAUAUCUCAACUUCGACUAAGUCGGGUUCUAAUGCGAGCAGUAGUAAUGGUGAUACUAAAAUGAGUCAAGAUAAAAUUGUGGUGGCAGAAGCAACAUCCUCUACAGCACUACUUAAAUUUAAUUUUCAAAGAAAUAUCCCUGGAAUACGUAUGUUUCAAAUCCAGUACAAUGGUACUUAUGAUGACACCCUUGUUUACAGAAUGAUACCUCCUACAAGCAAAACCUUUCUUGUCAAUAACCUGGCUGCUGGAACUAUGUAUGACCUGUGUGUCUUGGCAAUAUAUGAUGAUGGUAUCACUUCCCUCACUGCCACAAGAGUCGUGGGUUGCAUCCAGUUUACUACGGAACAGGACUAUGUACGAUGCCAUUUCAUGCAAUCCCAGUUUUUGGGAGGCACCAUGAUUAUCAUUAUUGGUGGAAUAAUUGUAGCAUCUGUGUUGGUUUUCAUCAUCAUUCUAAUGAUCCGGUAUAAGGUUUGUAACAAUAAUGGGCAACACAAGGUCACCAAGGUCAGCAACGUCUACUCUCAAACGAAUGGGGCUCAAAUACAAGGCUGCAGUGUAGCACUGCCCCAGUCCGUGUCCAAACAAGCGGUGGGGCAUGAGGACAAUGCCCAGUGCUGUAAAGUUGCCAAUGACAAUGUGAUACCAUCAGAAACCUGUUCGAGUCAGGACUCCUCCACCACUACCUCUGCUUUGCCUCCUACCUGGACUUCAAGCACUUCUGUGUCCCAGAAGCAGAAAAGAAAGACUGGCACAAAGCCAAGUACGGAACCACAGAGUGAGGCUGUCACAAAUGUUGAGUCCCAAAACACUAAUAGGAACAACUCAACUGCAUUGCAGUUAGCUAGUCGACCUCCUGAUUCUGUCACAGAGGGGCCCACAUCUAAAAGAGCACAUUCUAAGUCAAAUGCUUUGCUGACUAAUGUUGACCAGAUUGUCCAGGAAGCACAGAGGCUGGAGUUAAUCUGAAGAGCACUACUUCUCUUUAUCCUGAAAAAAAAGUCACCACUGAUAUUUUUAAUGGAUAAAAUUGAAAAAAAAAUGUUUAAAAUCACAAAGAUUAGUUGUUGAACUGGUGUCCCGGAAGAAAUUGUCCAGAGAAGCCGAAGCAGAAGUCUCCGAUGCGGGCAGAAAUGGCUCCAUCAGACCACGGUUCAUCCCCUUUUAAAACCAAUUUUUUUUUUCUUUUUCUUCUGACCUACAAGAUUUUUGUUUAUUUUUUAUUUAAUUUUUUUAAGAAGAAAGAAAAAAGCCUACAUUGGCAUCGAGUUCUGUAUCAAUCCAUGUUACAUUACCAUCCAUGAUUUAAGACUGUAGAAUCUUGAAUAAUCUAUAUCACUUUACCAAUAAAUGUUUUACUAUGACAGAC